GAAUUGAAUUGAAUUGAGAUUUAAUUGAAACCAUUGUUUAAAAGAGUGGCGAAAGAGAGGAUGGUUUACGAGAAGGAAGUGGUGAUCGAAAGGAAACGCUUGGAAACCAUGAAAAGUCAACUCAAAGAUGAAUACGAGUUACGCAAACAGGAGGAAGUGAUCAAUGAGUGUCUAACUAUGAUUCCGGACUCUAUCGCCCGCACUCAACAAGCUUUCAAUGAUUUGAACACUAUUUUGCAGGAAACACAAUUAGAGUUAUCGGAAACAGAAGUGUUUCAAACGGCCAACACUUUGAUCCAAGAAUUGGAAUUAAUACCGGCAUAAAUGCAUUCCCAUAUCAUUUAUAUGAUAGCCAUUUAAACACAAGUCAUUAUAAUUUGUUACAAUUAAACAUUAUUUUCUCAAUGAAUAAAAUUUUUAAUCAAAAUA